AUGAAACUUUUGCCUUUUUGUACUUGGUUGCCGUGCCUCUUGGUGUUCAGCUUGUGUCUGGGCUGCGAGUGCGGCGCUCUGAGGCGGACGGGCUGGUCUAAGAGAGACUUGGUGCGCGCGAGGGAGGCUGGCGGAGUCUCGCCCGGAGCGUGCGGCACGCGGCUGCCGCGGGGCAAGCGCUCUGUAUCCGGACCGGAGCGACGGGCGGGCCGCCUGCACGCGCGUUUCAGUCAGCCGGGAGACAGUGCGAGCACAGCGCUCGGCCGCAACAGUGUUUACUUCAGCGGCAGAGAUCAACUGCGGCUUAAACCAAGCGUUGAGGUUCCGCGCGGUAAUUUCACCCUGGAGAUGUGGAUAAAACCUGAGGGUGGUCAACGCUCUCCAAGUGUGAUCGCAGGACUCUAUGACAAAUGCUUCUAUGCAUCCUGUGAUCGAGGCUGGUUACUAGGCAUCAGACCAGUGAGUGAUCAAGGGAACAGGGACCCUCGUUUCUUCUUCUCCCUCAAAACAGACCGAGCGCACAAGGUUACCACAAUCACUUCCAAUGCUCCCUACUCCCCCAACCACUGGCACCAUCUGGCUGUCACCUAUAAUGGCCUCCAUAUGAAACUCUACCUGAAUGGGGCUCAAGUGGCUGUAAGCCGAGAGCAAUCCGGUGAGGUCUUUAGCCCCCUUACCAAAAAGUGCAAGGUGCUAAUGAUAGGUGGCAAUGCUCUCAACCACAACUACAGAGGGACACUGGAGCACCUGAGCCUAUGGAAAGAAGCUCUGGCCCAGCACAAGAUUAUCCAGUACAUACAGAGCCCUCAACAUGAGUACCAUGAUGACCUUUCCCAACUGGUCAUUUACGAGAACUUUGAAAAUGCAUCUUGGAAGUGGAUGACAGUGAAAGACGGGAGCUUUCCCCAGAUGGGGAUUUCUGACCGCACAUUGACGGCUGAUCUUGGUGGCUCUGUGGAAACGGCACUGGUUCCUCCACCAUGUGGACAGACAAUCUGUGACAAUGUGGAGGUAGUGACAAACUACAACCACUUAUGGACAUUCCGCAAGCCUAAGACGGUACGCUACCGAUUGGUGAAUGUGUAUGAUGAUGAUGGUCACUGGCCAACAGUUACAGAGCACCAGAUCAACCUCCAGCACCAGCAUCUAAACAAAGCUUUCCGCAUCUACAACAUCACCUGGGAGCGCACCGUCCACAAUGUCUACAACUCCUCCUUACGCAACCGCCUGGUCCUGGCUAACUGUGACAUCAGCAAAGUGGGCGACGAGGAGUGUGACCCAGAAUGCAACCACACACUAACUGGUUUUGAUGCUGGCUACUGCAGAAGGCAAACCAUAAGCUGUCCUGAGCACAAAAUAGGGAACAAAGUUUGUGAUCCUGAGUGUAACUGGGAUAAUUUCAACUAUGACCAGGGUGACUGCUGUGACCCCAACAUCACUGAUGUCACGAAAACCUGCUUUAAUCCUGCAUCACUCUACAGGGCCUACUUGGAUGUGAAGGAGUUGAAAGAGAUUUUGCACCUGGAUGGUUCUACACACCUUAACAUCUUUUUUGCCAAUGCCACUGAUGAAGACCUAGCAGGUGAAGCCACAUGGCCUUGGGAUAAAGACGCCUUAACACAUUUAGGUGGGAUCGUGCUGAAUCCCUUGUUCUAUGGCACAUUUGGCCACACACAUACCAUGAUCCACGAGAUUGGCCACAGCCUUGGACUGUACCAUGUCUUCAGGGGGAUUUCAGAAAUAGAGUCAUGCAAUGAUGCCUGUCUGGAGACAGAACCCUCAUUUGAGACUGGGGACCUGUGUGCCGAUACAAACCCCACACCAAAGUACAAAUAUUGUAGAGACCCGGAGCGUGGAAAUGACACGUGUGGCCAGCGACUCUUCAAGCACACUCCAUUUCGAAAUUAUAUGAGUUAUGCUGAUGACGUCUGCACAAAUUCCUUUACAAUGAACCAGGUGGCUCGGAUGCAUUGCUAUUUAGAUCUGAUCUACCAGUCCUGGAGGACUGAGAGUAAGCCAGCCCCAGUUCCUCUAGCUCCUCGACUGAUGGAGCAAGGGCAAGACUCUCUCACCCUGGAAUGGUUCCCCGCACUUACUGGUCAUUACUUUGACAGAGAAGUGGGAUCCUUAUGUGACAGAUGCACUGAAGGCCGAGUGUUCCUGCAGUAUGCCUCAAACUCAUCCUCCCCAAAACCCUGCGCGCCAUCAGGACACUGGAGCCCACGUGAGGCAGAGGGUUCACCAGAUGUGGGGCAAGUGUGUGAACCCAGUGUGCGUACCUGGAGUCCCCACGCUGGCCUUGACUCAAGCAGUGUGGGCUCUGCUUCAUGCCCUCAACAAGGCUGCAUGCUCCACCUGAACUUCACCUACCCACUUGUGCCAGAUUCGCUCACCGUCUGGGUCACAUUCUUCUCAGCAGAAGAGAGUGACCUGUUUGCCAUCCACAACAUCCUACUACUGACAAUGAGUGGCAACAAUGUGUCUCUGGGUCCACAGAGCAUCUUCUGUGACAUGCCACUGACACUGAAGCUGGUUAUGGAUGAGGAAGUGUAUGGCGUUCAGUUCUUCACUAUGGAUCAGCACCUGGAGAUCGACGCCACGCUGAUGGCCUCCAAACCAGGGCAUGUGCUCUGUCAGGCAUGCCAGCCCCUGCAUUAUAGGCUGACACGGAGACCGCCUUUCAGUGAUGCACCUCAUGGGGUGGUGUUCAUGGAGCCCAUGAGGAGAUUUAUAGACAGGGAUAUAGUGUCUGGUGAGACGUACACCUACCAUGUGCUGACUGUUUCCAAAACAGCAGAAAGUGAGCCAUCUCCCGCUCUCAUACAUCAGCUGGGCUCACCGUACUGUGGAGACGGACUCAUCCAACAUUAUCUGGGGGAGCAGUGUGAUGACAUGAACUUUGCCAAUGGAGAUGGCUGUUCCAACCAGUGCAAAAAGGAACCUUUGUUUAACUGUAUUGAUGAGCCCAGUCUUUGCUACUUCUAUGAUGGUGACGGUCUUUGUGAGGACUUUGAGCGGGAGACGAGUGUGAGGGACUGUGGGCUCUACACACCCAGUGGUUUCCUGGACCAGUGGGCCACAGGGGUGGAGGUUUCCAAUGAGCACAGAGUACAUUGUCCUGCAGAGGUGGCUGCUGGGUAUCCUGCUGUGACAAAGAGCUGUCUGUCGAAGGUGUUUGACCUGUCUGAUGGUGGGGUGUCUCAGUAUGCCUGGUUUCCAUGUGAGGAAUCACAGCGGCACAGCUGGAAUACUCAGUACAGGUUAAAGGCGUACUAUUCCCACCCCAUGGUAGCUGCUGCUGUCAUUAUUCAUCUGGCCGCAGAUGGGACCAUCUACAGUGAUCAGACUCAGAGCAAUAUCACCAUCCAGCUGGUGGACACCAAGGAGCAGCUCCAUGAUCUUGGAGAAUGGCGGUUGAGUUGCAGGAACAAUCCUUUAGUGAUCCCUGUGAUUCAUGACCUGAGCAUGGCUUUCUACAGGACCAAGGCUAUUGUGGUGAGCUUCCGAUCAGCUCUGGUGGCCAUUUCUGGAGUUGGUCUACGUUCCUUCCAAUAUUUCGACCCAAUCACAAUUAGUGGCUGUCAAAGCAAUGAGAUCUAUAAUCCCAUGGGCCAAAGUUGUGUGCAUUACUCAUGUGAUGCCAUUGACUGCCAGAAGCCUACGGUGCAUAACGCAGAGAUGAAGUGCAGCAGUCCGGGUUACUUCAAUGGUGUCCGCUGUACAGUCACCUGCAACCGUGGAUACACCCUCAAGACCCAUAGAGAUGACGAAAUUAUCAAAACACAGUCGGACUCUAUGGCCACCCUCACUUGUGCUGAUGGGAAAUGGAACAAACAGGUGUCCUGUGAGCCAGUGGACUGCGGACGCCCAGACAAGUACCACGUGCACCCGGCUAACUUCAGCUUCACUGAGGGCACCACUUAUGGCAAGAAGUGCACUUUCCAAUGUAUGCACCCAGCACAGCUGAUAGGCAGCAAUAAUGUGCUGACAUGUAUGGAGGAUGGCAUGUGGUCCUUCCCAGAGGCUAUGUGUGAGCUGCGCUGUCCCAUGCCUCCUUCCAUCCCCAAUGCCAUCCUGCAAACCAAACGCUGCAAUGCCAGUGGUCUCAAAGUUGGCUCUUUCUGCAAGUACAAAUGCAAGCCAGGCUACCAUGUGCCUAGUGCUGACAACCCCAAAAGACGGUCGUUCACAAGACAGUGUACGGAGAAUGGUACCUGGCAACUGGGCAUGUGUGUGCCAGUGGCGUGUGAGCCACCACCACCAGUCUUCCAUGGCAGCUACGAAUGUACUAAUGGCUUCCAGUUCAAUAGCGAGUGCUGGCUGAGCUGUCCUGAGGCCAAUCACAUGACAACCUCCACCACUGUGAUUCGCUGUAGAAAGGAUGGGAACUGGACUGGCUCUUUCCAGCUCUGUCCCCAGCUAAAAGGCCAAUGCUCCCUCCCUCAGAACCUGAGUCCGGACAUCAGCCUCAGCUGCAGCAGGGGGCAUGGCAUCGGAGAGCAAUGUGAGCCGACAUGCAGAGAUGCUGGUAGCAGUGUGGUGCUCCUCCCAAGGAAUAUGACUGUGGAUGCCUUAGUGAAAGACCACUGGAGAAACCCACCCAAAGUUCAGAGUAUUGUAUGCACAAUUGUACUGAAGUGGUAUCCAAGCCCAGAGAUUCUCCAUUGCAUAAAAGGUUGUGAGCCUUUCAUGGGUGAUAACUACUGCGAUGCCAUCAACAACCGAGCAUUCUGUAACUAUGAUGGUGGAGACUGCUGUCAUUCUACUGUCAAAACUAAAACGGUGAUUCCAUUCCCCAUGUCAUGUGACACCCGAGAAGACUGUGCAUGUCGAGACCCCAAUGCACAGGAGAACAAUAAAGGAAUUCGCCACCGUACACUGGGCUGAGGCCGGGCCACUGGAGGUCCUCUUGGUACCCAACAGGGGAAAAACAAUAAAACAAAAAACCUUUCUCUCUCCAUGCUGCUUACUAGAGGGCCAUUCCACUCAUGCUGUACCCUGACAUGCCUGCCGAUGAGCCCUUGCCCACUAUGGUAUGCUGCUCAACAAGCAAACGACACACUACAAUAUAUAAUGCUAAAUAGGUUUCAAUUAUGGACGGAAAGUGCAGAAUUUUAGGAACCAGCUCAAUAAAAAAUAAAACAACCAGAGACGUCAUCAGCAGAAGCUGGACACAGGCCCCAACUUGACAGUUUAUUGUUUUGUAUUCCCUAGUCAAUAUUUGUAAGGCACAACUGCAGCUAAGUAUUUAGAAAGCAACACAGAGAAAACAUUUUCAUGCUCUCAUUGUUUUUGUUUUUGUUUUUUAGAGAGAAACCAUUCAUUAUUAAUAUGACCAAUGAAAAGCAAGAAAGGAAAGAUGAGAAACACCAUCAUUCUUGGAAAUUUCAAAGCUGGCACGUCAGAGAAAUCACUUAAGCUAUUCAUAAAAAUUCUCCCACCCAUGUCCUUCAGUUUCCCACUGAUGUGUUUAACAACAAAUGAUCUGCUACAGCAUAGGAAAAGUAAAAUUCUCUUUAAAGAAGACUAGCACUUCCGAGGCAUUUUGACAAAUGUUUUUCAAGAGCCAAAAGCAGCACUGAGCUGCGUGAAACAUAGGAACCAUGAGGUGUCUCUCCACGAUGGAUUGGAAGAUGUUGAGGGAAGCAAUAAAUCAACAAAAGAAACCUGGAAAUCACCAAGAAAUAUGCACAUCUGAAUCUGAAAAGUAUCAACUCUUUUUAUUUGCAUUUUAUUGAAUGAAUGCCUCUUUCAAAAGAGUGUGGAAUUGAGAGCAAGGGAUCAAUAAUAAGAGAAGGAGGGUUAAAAUGGUGAUAACAAACAGAAAGCACAGCUGUUGCUGCUAGAUUUCCUGCUUGGGCCAUGCAGGCAGAUAUCUCUGCAGAGUGUGCAUACAGUUUGCUCUCCAUCUUACCUCCUGCCAUAAUGCAGCUAUAUACAGUACAUUUAAAGGUAUUUUAGAAAGCUUACACAACUCUGACACAGGUUUAGAUACUGCAUUUAUCAGACUGUAGGACUUACAUAUAAGAUUUCUGGACUAUAUUUACAUAUUUGGCCUUCUAACAACUUAUUCAACAAAACAUUUGUUUUAACAACAAUCAUACUUAGAAAAAUCCAGUACUGUCAUAGUAAUCAUAAUUUACAAAAUUGUCACCAAAGUAAAACUUGCAUGAUCAACUUAUCAGAGAGACAUGCUGCUAUGAGACCUGCUGACUGAUAGUGUUGUGCUGAGACACGCUAACAGUACUAACUGUGUGAGUACUUUUGCAUUUAGGUAUAUGCAAUAUGUCAAUCCUUUUUCAACAAUAUAGUUGUACUUUACUUGACUGAGCCAGUUCAAAUGCUGAACAUUCAAUUGUAAUAAUGACAUCAGUAGUAAUUAUCACACCCUGACUAGCAUAGCCUCGCUAAUGUAAUAGCUUUCUGAGGUACAGUGCCCUCCACUAAUAUUGGCAUCCUUGGUAAAUAUGAGCAAAGAAGGCUGUGAAAAAUUAUCUUUAUUUUUUAACCUGUUGAUCUUUUGUUAAAAACAUUUCACAAAAAUACUCUGCUCUCAUGGA